GACCGGCCUCCCCCGCCCGCCGCAGAUAAAUCAAGCCGUUUACACUGCACAGAAAUGGAGGUUAUUGAAUCCCUAGGGAUUAUUAUAUAUAAAGCCCUGGACUAUGGUUUGAAGGAGAAUGAAGAGAGGGAAUUAAGUCCUCCACUGGAGCAGCUUAUUGACUACAUGACUAAUGCCACAGAAACAGAUGGGAGUAGGGAUGAAGGAUAUGAUGCUCUGGAUGAAGGAGAGGAGGAGGAUGAUGAUGACAAAGAAGAAGUUGAGGCCAUUCACUCCUAUAAAGAUGUCAUGAAGCUGUGUGCUGCCCACCUGCCAACCCGAUCAGAGGCACCCAACCACUACCAAGCAGUGUGUCGGGCUCUGUUUGCUGAAACAAUGGAGCUCUACACUUUCCUGGCCAAAAUUAAAAGUGCAAAAGAGAACCUGAAGAAGAUUCAGGAAAUGGACAAAGAGGCAAGUGAUGAAUCCAGCACGGAUCUUGAUGAACUGAAAAAUGCUGACUGGGCCCGUUUUUGGGUGCAGGUGAUGAGAGAUUUACGGAAUGGUGUUAAACUUAAGAAAGUUCAGGAGCGUCAGUACAACCCACUCCCCAUAGAAUAUCAGCUCACACCCUAUGAGAUGCUGAUGGAUGAUAUUAGAUCCAAACGCUAUACCUUAAGGAAGGUCAUGGUCAAUGGUGACAUCCCUCCACGAUUAAAAAAGAGUGCCCAUGAAAUAAUCCUGGAUUUCAUCCGAUCGCGACCUCCAUUAAAUCCUGCCUCAGCAAGGAAACUGAAACCAACCCCACCACGGCCCCGCAGCCUCCAUGAAAGGAUCCUGGAGGAGAUCAAGGCAGAGAGGAAGUUACGUCCAGUGUCCCCUGACGAGAUAAGGCGUAGCAGGCUGGAUGUACCGACGCCAGAGGCUGGAAGAAAAGUGGUGGAUGCCUCUGUAGUGAACGGUGGCCCAGCACCACAAGGAAAGCAGAACGGGGCCACACAAGUGACAGUGCAACGCAAGAGACUCCUUAAGGCUCCCACGUUGGCUGAACUUGACAGCUCAGAUUCAGAGGAGGAAUCAAUGCACAAAUCAGGAAGUAGCAGCAGCAUCUCCCCCUCACAAGUGGAAGACCCCUCUCAAGAAGGCACCAGCAGCAGAAAGACGCCUCCAAAGUUCUUGCCCAUAUCGUCCACGCCGCAGCCCGAGAGACGGCAGCCGCCUCAGAGGAGACACUCCAUUGAAAAGGAAACACCAACCAAUGUGAGACAGUUCCUACCCCCUUCAAAACAGAGCUCCAGGUCACUUGUUCCUAGGAUAACCAGUUUAUUUCCAAGGAUGACUUUCAGACCACUUUUUACAACUAUGCAAACAGCUUCUCUGCUCAGCUCUCAUCCCGUUGAAGCAGCCAUGUGUGGGGUGGCAGGGGCUAUGUACUAUCUCUGUGAGAGAGCUUUUGCCAGCAGGUGGAAACCCGCAAAGGAGGAGUUCUGUUACCCCGUGGAAUGUCUGGCUCUGACAGUGGAGGAGGUCAUGCACAUCCGUCAGGUGCUUGUGAAGGCGGAGCUGGAGAAGUACCAGCAAUAUAAAGAUGUCUACACUGCUCUCAAGAAAGGAAAGCUCUGCUUUUGCUGUCGAACAAGAAGGUUUUCUUUCUUUACCUGGUCUUACACUUGUCAGUUCUGCAAGAGGCCUGUAUGCUCGCAGUGUUGCAAAAAAAUGCGGCUGCCAUCGAAGCCAUACUCCACCCUCCCCAUCUUCUCCCUGGGACCCUCAACCUUGCAAAGGGGAGAAAGCUUCAUGAGGCCAGAGAAACCCUCUACCAGUCACCACCAUUCUCUGCGGAGCAGGUUGACCUCAAAGUCCAAGUCUGUGGAUAAGUCACACGAAGAGUUUCCCAAAGAAUUAAUGGAGGACUGGAGCACAAUGGAGGUUUGCGUGGACUGCAAGAAGUUCAUCUCAGAAAUCAUCAACUCGAGCCGGCGCAGCCUGUCUCUGGCCAACAAGCGAGCCAGGUUAAAAAGGAAAACGCAGUCCUUCUACAUGUCAUCUCCAGGAAGCUCGGAGUACUGCCCCUCGGAAAGGACGAUCAAUGAGAUCUGAGCCGUGUGCCUUCUGCUUUGCUUCCGUCUCCAUGAGGUCACCAUCCACGCGUGAGGCCACUGGCACGGAUUGGCACCAUUGCUUCGUUCCACUUGACUGGCUUGGGUUUGCAUUCCGUCACAGGAUUUCCUACUGCAGCAAUUCCUGGAGACACAGAGCGCUGUGUUUGGAUCUGAGUUUGGAUCUGUGCAGGGUGAUACACGACGAGUCAGCUGCUCACGCUGGGAGAAAAUCAAUAGUUUGAAAUUGUUGCCUCUUUUGUACCUGUACGUCGAAAUGAGAAAGCCUUUUCUUGCUUUCAAUCUUUUUUUAACCAUGCUUCAAAUCAUUUUUCAGGAGAUGAGCUGAGAGAGGUGUCUGAUAGAGAACCAGAUCUAGCACGGUGUCAGUGUUAGCACAGUAGCAAACAGUAGGUCCUGCUGCAUUCCCGCCCUCGGAAUGCUCACGCCCUUGUUGAGGCAGCCAAGGGCUGUGUUGCACACCAGGCACCCAGCGUGAGCAGCUCCCGUCAAAUCCAUCUUCCUUUGAACCAUCUUGGUUGCUCUGAGAUCAGGGUGCAGCACAGGGCUCUGCAAUGUCAGUGUCCUGGGGCAAAGCAGGUGACAAAGCUCUCUGCCCGUGUGGCCGGUCAUACCCUGAGCUGCUGUACUUCUUAAGCCUUAGUGUCCUUCUGAGUGACUCCUGAGCAGGUUUUAGUAGUUUACUUUCUAUCUUGAAUGUAUGAUAAUGACUACUAGGAGCAGUGAAUUUUAGUAGUAGACAAAGUUGUACAGUUUAUGGGGAGGACGGGAAAUAAGGGAGGCUUCUAAUUUUAACUGAAUACCUGUAAAAUUGUUCUCAUGGUUACUCAGAGAAAGCAGUGAGUAAGGUGUACAUUUGUAUUAUAAUGGAGCACACAGAUACUGCUAUAGUUCUGUCUGACAGCAUAUCCACUAGGAACCCCAUUUUUUCUGGGGUUUAUAACUUGGCUGUAAAAAUUCGUGUUCUGCUGAAAUUUGGGACAGUGGUCUCUCAGAUUGGGAGCGAUCUCUUUUUUUCUUUAAUCUUUUUUUUCAUUCUUUCCCCCUUUUUAAUUCACUCACAAGGGAGUGCUAGACUAAUUGUUUAAAAGUUCCAACAAUUUUACAAUGUUAACUGACAUCUCAUGCUUUUUUGCACUUUUUUUAAUAUUGAAAAUACUUUUUUUUUUUUUUUUAAUUCAGUCAUAACCAGAGUUUAGUCAAUAAUUUGGGGCCAGAACUUUUUGGUAUUUAAAAACAAGCUAACAUAGCCAAGUUAUUCAUACUUGAAAAUCAACUACUGUAACUUUUUCAUAAAUUUUUUAAUACCCUGAGGCAUAUUUAAUAUCUAUAUAGUAGUGUAUUAUAGAAUGACAUAGCAGAAAAGUUUCAGAUCUAUUUAUUAACAUUUCUAUACUUCGAGUUAAUGAGAGAUACCUCAGAACUGCUCCAAAGUAGCUGGGACUGGACUUCCAUAACAUACUUUUAAGGGUGUAUUGAUCAAAACAGUUUCCUCUGUCCAAAAAGCCCAAGAGACAGACUGCCCCUCUGGCCCUGGCAAGGCACAGUGCCCAGGCUGGGAGGCACCAGGGCUGCUUGGCUCCCAUUUGGCAGCCUUUGGGGCAGCCAUCCAUAUCAUCUCUUUUAAGCCAAUUUGAAAAGCACAUGCAAAAGUUUCUGUAAACCUUCCCAGGGAGUCAGCCAUCCUUGUGUUUUGUUAAAAGCCCCCUUGGAAAAUGAGAAUUUUCACAUAUGUAGGGCUUAUUGAAAUAGUUUCUAUUUUUUGAACCAAUGCAAAUAGGAAAAGUAGGGCUCAGUGCUAACUCUCCCUCCUUGGUGUCCCAUUUAAGGUCAGGUGUCACAGCCCUCUGGAAAAGUGUCUUGCAUGUUAAAGCACCUGGAGCACUGGCAUGAGACAGGGAUGUAGGAUUGCAGGGGAGCAGCACAGGCUGGCUGGUGGGAAAGGUUCUGCUGUUGCUGGAAGGGUCACCUGAUCUCAGUCAUAUCAGCACUUUUUCUUGUUUCUGUGCCAAAACCAGGCCGUGUGUUUGCUGCACAGUGCACCAGGGAAACCAGACGGAAACAAAUGCAGGAAAUCUCCCUCUGCAUCUGCCCUGUUGUUGUUGUUGUCACGAUUUUUUCAUGGAGAUGCCCCCGCUAUGUCACAGCCACGCAGUCGUCUGCUCACAGCCUGCUUCCCUGGUGCCUCAAGCCACCGAGGUGCAGAGCAUCCAGCGCAUUUGUUUUCCUCUUGGAGGGGAACUUGGGAUGUGGUAGGGCAGGCAGGAUGAAGGACUCAGCAACUCGUGGGCAUGCAAAGGGAAACAAGUCUUUCAUGGCUGUGCCCUGCUCCACUCUGGCAGUGUCCAGGGGUGGCUCUGGGGCGGUGGCAGAGCCUUGUGAUCCGGCUUUCCCAGAAUUCCCACAAGUCCUUGGCUCAGGGCAGGCUCUGCUGUGCUGGGCAGGGCACAAACACCGACAAACAAUGCAUUAGUUGUACAGAUGGCUCCCUGUCACUCACACAGAGCUGCCAUGGGCCAGGGCCUGGAUAACCUCCCUUUUUCCCUGGAAAAAGCCCUCCAAGCUGCUAACACGUGCUGUGGCAGGCUCCAGAAGACACAGUGUGGAGGGCUGCCUCUCCCCUUCGCUCCAUCCCUUCUUGCCUGGCGCAGUUGCUCUGCAUUAUCCUGGCAUUUCAUUCUGCAAGAGGAGAAGCAGCGGGUUGGUUCGUCACAGCCUGAAGGAGCUCAGCUCGCUGGUUGCCUGGCUCUGCAGAGUGGGCUAUUUUUAGCUUUCCAUCUCCUCCCUGCCUUCACCAGCAUCCCAAAUCCACUGCAGCCAUUGGCCCAGCAUCCCGUGGUGCUGCCCAGCAUGUCCUAGUUACAGGCUGAACUUCACAUCAGUGUCAGAGGGGGAAAUCAGAAGCUUGUAAAUAUCUGUAAUAUAUUUAUUAAUAUUAGGAAGUCUCCAUCAAUCAUGCAAUGGGAAUUGACUUUCCCAUGAUGUUUUAAAAAGGAAAUGAGUCUUAUUUAUAUGUGUGUUGGCUGUUAUCUUUUAUUAGAGUUAACGCUUUCAGCCCCCUAAUACUGUUUGCACAUCUUAGAGUGAAUUACUGCUGAAAAGAACACGGCACUAGCACAGUGAACUCCGUUCCAUGAAUUUUAAAAUUAUUUUCUUCUGUUUUUUUUAGCUUUAUUAGUAUGCCCAAGGUCUGUUAAAAUAUAUUAUAGGAGACCCAAGGAGCUAAAAAUGCCUCUGGCAGCAUCAGUCUUGUUUUGUAUGUGAACCUGUUGUGGGGAAUGCAAAACCAGCUCUGCCUCGUGGAGGUGAUGGAAGAUGGGAGCAGGCUCUUGCUGCAGCUCUCAGACCUGAUCUUUCAAGUGUUCAUGGUGACAGUAGUGUUCUGAGGGGUUGUUGGGGUUCUUUUUUCCUUUCUCCAUUACUUCCUUUAUACAGGGAGGGGUGUUACCUGGUAAAAAUAAAAUGCCUUUCCAUUAUAACCUUUGUCUGUGUUAAUUAUUCAUAGGGAAGCUGAUUUAAAGGUUCUGUCUCUCUCUUUUUCAUGCUUUUAUAGUUUUGUAAGAUCAGUCAGAUGUUUCUUUUGGCAAAGAAUUGUUAACGAAAAUGAUUGCAUAACAGCUGAACACUGGCUGGGCUGCAUGAAGGGAUGAAAAUAUGUCGAAGUACCCUUAGAAUAGCAAUAAAAACUGCUUGUGUAACCCCAGUGAUGUGAUUAGCUCCUCGUCAUCAUCUGCAGCCAAUUCCCUCUGUUACCAGUGUGCUGCUUCUUCCAACACUGGCAGGCUGUACCUGAGGCAGCACGUUUGUCCUGCAUGUAAUACAGGCUUUGGGAAAUCUCCAUCCCCUCCUCAUCAUUGGGAGAGAAAUGCUGACAGUCUUUCAGAGAGGUUUUUGAUGGAUUUGGUUUAGUUUUUAAACCAGAAGUGGAGAGAACUUUAUUAUCAUAACUCUUACAUUGUUCUCUCUUCUCUCCUGAGCAUCCCUUUUCCCCCAGUCAAGUUCAGCAUCAGCUUCCCUGGUUCAUUAUUGGCUGCAUGCUCUAUAGGUUAAAACUUAUUUAGAACCUACAACUUUAAACUCCUGAUUGCUACCUUCCUGCUUUACUUCAUCCAGCAGCUCUGCACAACUUUUAGGAAUGUCUGUCUUAUGGCUCAGUCUCAUCUGUGAAACAGUGACAGCACACAGGCAUGAGAGAAAGGUGCUGCAACUCUACGCUCUGGUGCUACAGCACAUGGAUUAUGUUCAUGUUACCAGAAAAUAUUGUACUGUUGCCAUAUUGAUAACUUGGAGCUGCUCUGGUUUAUUUCUUCUUUUGUAUAUUUGUAUCUUAAGGCCAGUCUGAGAAUGUUUAUGAAUACCAAUUCCAUCUAUAGAAGCUUCUUUCAUUGUUUCUGUCUGAUUUUUACUACUAUGUUUCAGAUUUUUUUGGUAUCUGAAAUUACUACUCCCCAAAACUUCCUUGUAGGAGAACCAUGACAGAGAGACAUUAGCUCAGCCUGAUGUGAUACACAAAGCCACAGAACCCCCAUGCUGAGUGGCACCUGUGAAUUCCAGCAGCCCAGAGCAGAGGCAGCCUGGGGCCUUCCCUGUUCCCUCACCUUGACAUUGAAAAAUCCCAGAGCUGCCCAUGUUGCUCAGCUGCCCUGGCACAAGCUGUGAGGGUGCUCCAUGUCCCAGGGUCCCCAGCUGCAAAAAGACACUUCAAAGUGCUUACAAACUGUUUAAAUAAUUUUGGGAGCUGCUGCUGAAGAGCUGAGUGCUCAGAGCUGAAAGGAUCCUGCAGUGCAAGUUUCCAUCUGCUUUCAGUACUUGAAAACAAUUAGUCCUACUUCCAGGUGAAACAAAUUUCAGGGAGGUGAAACUUCACAAUACUUUGACAAGCAAAGACUUGGGAAUGAAUUUUUCUAUGGAAGGUCUGCACUCAACAAAUGUCAUGGGGUGUAAUCAGGAGAUGGAGCUAAACAGGUAUCAAAUUUUAUGCAGUAGUAGCUUAAUUUGUUUAUUGGCAAUAAAUCAAUUCAGUAAUGUUCCAGUUUCUUCCCUGGUCAGGCUAUUUUGCGGUGGCAGUGCCUGGCUGAACUGAGUGUCAGAUGUGAGGUAGCCCAGGCUCUGUGUCCUGAGGUAAUGGGAGCUGCUGCUGUCUGCAAAGGUCAGUGAGGUGGGUUCUGUAGAACAUUUCUAGAGGAAGUGCUUUGGAACAGACCCCUCAGAAUAGGCCUUACUAUAGCUAAUUAAAAAAUACAUUUGUAAGCCGAUCAUCUUUCAAGGUGCCAGGCUGCUACUGUAAACUCAACUGGAAAAGACCUGUUAGAUUAUUGAUACAUCUGAUUUUUUAAAAAACCAACCCAUGAGAGCACUCAGUAUGAAAAAACAUAUUCUUGGUCCCUCCAAUGCAGCUGAAGGUGUUUCCACUAAGUUUCAGGUCCUCUCUGUAUUUCUGUAACCAGUGACACCAGUGCUUAGAAAUGGGAGCCAGCAAUGCUUUUGGCUUUUGCAGGACAGGCCCUGGGCCAGACAGUGCAGUGUGGGAUUUUUAAACUGGAUUUCAGAAAUCUGAGUUCAGAAAUCUGCUAAAGCUAGAAUUAAAGGACAUGGGCGUGAGUUGAUGUAAGUUGUGCAAGAUGUGGGCUUCCAAAGUUUGGUGGAAGUAAGCACCAGUUCAGCUGGUACAGCUCUAUAGAGAGGCAGCACUCUCAUGGCCCAGCUUUCAGGAGAGACAGAGCCCAAGGCCCAGCUCCAGCUGAGACAUUUAAGGUGGGCAUAUUCCUAUUGAAGUGCUGGUGGUUACACUACCUGUGAAUCAACAGCAAAAUGAAGAUAACAAGAAGGAAUUUUGAGCUCUAUUUCUGUUAAAGCUGGUUCCAUCUCCCUAACCCCAUUCUUUAAUAAAGAAAAAAAAAGUCCCAAACAGGAGAUGCACUUUUUGGACAUGAACAAACCUAAAGCACAAACCCUUCCCCUUUGGGCUUCCCCUGCUUCUGUGCUGUCACUGUGCAUGCACCAUCUGCGCAUCUUCAGGGACACCAGGGGCAUCAGCUCUAACAGCGAAAGGCAACAGCAUUGUCUUCUGCUUGUUUCCAUGUUAUGUGGUACUGAAAUGCAAUUUCUUGUUUAUGCAUUACUAAUAAAAAGCUCUUUAAAA